AUGUCACGUAAGCUUGACAGUCCAAUUCAGACUCAAAUGGCAGUGGCACUUGUGAAGAGCCCCCUGAGCGGGGAAUUCCGUGAGUUUAACAAGUUAGGAAUGAAGACCCCUGUGGGUCGUAGGCGCGUUUUUGUGCAGACAGAGACUGGUUGUCUUCUCGGGUUGGAGUUGGAUCGUAGCGACAACGCACACACGGUGAAAAGGAAGUUGCAGGUUGCACUUAACUUCCCUACUGAGGAAAGCUCGUUGACCUUUGGGGAUUUGGUGCUUAAAAAUGAUCUCACAUCCGUCAGGAGUGAUUCUCCUCUUCUUCUAACUCGGAACAACUUUCACAGGAGUUCAUCGACUCCAUGUCUUUCUCCAAUGACGGCUGAUCUUCAGCAGCAUAGAGAUGAGAGUAGUAGUUCUAUUGAAAUUCUUGGGAACUCGGUUUGCUCCUCGUUUGUGAGGCAAAUGGCGAAGGAUAUUAAAAAGGCAUUGAAGAAGGGCAUUGAUCCAGUUGCUGUCCAUAGCGGACUCGGAGGAGCUUACUUCUUCAAGAACAGCCGUGGUGAGUGUGUUGCUAUUGUUAAACCAACUGAUGAGGAGCCUUUUGCUCCGAAUAACCCCAAAGGUUUUGUUGGUAAGGCGCUUGGACAGCCUGGUUUGAAACGUUCGGUGCGGGUUGGGGAAACAGGGUAUAGAGAAGUCGCGGCUUAUCUUCUUGAUAAGGAUGGUUUUGCAAAUGUUCCUCCCACUGCUCUUGUGAAGAUUACUCACUCGAUCUUUAACGUCAACGAUGGAGUGAAGGCGGGAAAGCGUAUGGAUAAGAUGCUGGUGAGCAAGAUUGCUUCCUUGCAGCAGUUCAUGGCUCAUGAUUACGAUGCUAGCGAGCAUGGAACGUCCAGCUUCCCUGUUUCGGCAGUUCACCGUAUAGGGAUUCUUGAUAUCAGAAUCUUGAAUACGGACAGGCACUCAGGGAAUCUUCUUGUUAGGAAGUUGGAUGGUGUUGGAAGGUUUGGCCAAGUUGAUUUAAUUCCAAUUGAUCACGGUCUUAGCUUGCCUGAAACUCUAGAGGACCCUUACUUCGAGUGGAUUCAUUGGCCACAAGCAUCGAUCCCGUUUUCUGAAGACGAGCUGAAAUACAUAGCAAAUCUUGAUCCUUUUGAAGAUUGUGCGAUGCUGCGAAGGGAGCUUCCAAUGGUACGAGAGGCCAGUCUCCGUGUUCUUGUUCUCUGCACAAUUUUCCUCAAAGAAGCUGCUGCAUCUGGCCUGUGUUUGGCUGAAAUUGGUGAGAUGAUGACUAGGGAGGUUCGUCCUGGGGACGAGGAGCCUAGUGAGAUUGAAGUGGUUUGUCUUGAGGCUAUGAGUUUGAUAGGAGAGAAGGAGGUCGAGUCCCCAAGAUCAUCAGACUCAGGCGGUGAUGUUGAAUUCCAGUUCGAUUUAGAUUGCGAGGAAGCGAUGCUUGAUAAACCAGCAUUCACACUUGGACUCACUAUUGGAAACGCUCGUGGUCAUUUGUCAAAGGUCGAGGAAGACGAAGAAGAAGAAGAAGACAAAGAGGAGGAGGAAGAGAAUGGAAGAGUUGAUUCAGUGAAAAUGCCGGCGGUUACCAAGCUUUCAAUGUCUCUGAAGAACACUCUUCUUGGUGAGAAGAGUCAGAAGUAUCAGAAACAUCCAGGAGCUAGAUCAGAGAGCGCAUACGCAUCAUCUGGACACAGGAGUGCAGACGAACAGAUACCAUCAAGCACAAGCUUUGUGAAGCUGUCGGAUAUGAGCGAAGAGGAAUGGGCGGUUUUUCUGGAGAAAUAUCAGGAGCUGCUUUACCCUGCAUUUGCAAAGCGGAAGGAGAUGACUUUAGGACAUAAGCAGAGGUUGGGGACUUCGUGCCAGUUUUGA